UCACGAUGGCUCCAACACAAUCUGUAACGAAGUCUGCAACUAAGGCUCCGACCAAAGCUCCAGUUAAGCGAGGAAGAAAGAGGAAGAUGGACCGUAAUUUCUUCCAAAGAACCGAAGGGUCGACCCCCAUCAAGGAAGCGAGAAGACCAAACCCUCUACCGCCACAAUACAACUUUACGCCGACAACAGAUUUGCUCCAUCCUCAAACACCCCAAGAGCAAGACCACGUUUUCCCGAGACCCUCACCGUCAGGAGCACCACAGAUCCGCAACUAUCCACCGCCACAGACUCUUUUCCAGACCUCGGUGAACCAACAACGUCAGACUCAACAGCCUCUUUCGUCAGAGGAGGUCCAAAACAAUCCGCGACAGUCUCCAGCUGAUCCUCCACUACAAGACGCUCCACCGUCUCCAGCUGAUAACUCUCAAGCUCAGAGCCGUCCAUCAUCUCACGGUAACAACUACCAUGAAGGCUCUGAGGCUUCAAAUCCGGAGCUCCAGGAGGACACGAUUGUCACUCUAAAUGCCCUGCUUAGAGUUCCAAACCGUGAGAAGUUUACCACCGUCCUCUCCCCCACACCGAUGCCAAAGACGACCUGGUUUACUCGUGACGAAAAAUCGCGACUGAAAACACACACAUGGGAUCCUUUGAUUACUGGGACAGUUCAACAGUUUUUCGAGCUCAUCUGCCAACGCCGGAUGAAAGACAUGAUUUGCAAUGCCAAGACUAGUGGAGAGCGACCAAAAUGGAUCAGAGAUACUAUUUGGCAAACAAUGGUUGAUUAUUGGGAGACUGAAGAAGCACAACAAAGGAGUCUCACCUACUCUAAAGCUCGUAUGUCUGAUCGUGGUGGUCUUGGUCCUCACGUCCACUUAUCAGGGCCAAAGUCUUAUCAACAAAUCCAUACCGAAAUGGAAAGGGAAUUGGGAAGACCGGUUAGUCUUGGUGAGGUUUUUAUUAAGACACAUACCAAGCCAGAUGGUACUUAUGUUGACCGGAAGGCGGAGCAAAUCUCUCUCAAUUAUGAGAAGAACUUGCAGCAGAAGUUGUCCGACCUUGGGGAACAUACUUCACAGCCUCCAGAGCUCACAGCAGAUGAUUACACAAACAUCUUUAUUCAGUCUACUCAGAAAGAUUCACGAGGAAACCUGUAUGGAGUUGGAAGUCUUAAGCAUACUCUUCAACCUCUUCUCAAUGGCAAGGAAAACCAACAACAAGAGUCUGCAAUGUUUCAGUCAUUGCAAGAGCAAAUGAGGGAAACUCAACGUCAAAUCGAAGAGCAGGCUGCUUAUAAUUCUCGUCGUGAUGCAGAGGUUGCUGCUCGUGAUGCAGAGCUUGCUGCCCGUGAAGCACUACAUUUCCAAGCUGUGGCUGAGCAGAAGGACAAGUUAGAGCAUUUGUCCUUAGUCGAGAAGUACCUGCGCAAUACUGACCCUGCCUUUAUAGAGUUUAUGAAGACUCAAUCAGCUGAAGCAACCACAGAGCCACUCUCAACCACACUUCCUGCAACAGCUCCACCUUCAAAUCCGGUUCCUUCUCCAUCUUCAAACAGUGAUGCUUUUUAG